UGGGCUCAGAGACCACUGAGGUUCCAGAGAGAAAGGGAACAGAGGGUCAGGGCCUGGUUGGGCCGCCGGGACGCGGAUCGGCGGACAGACCGCGGCCCAGGAAGGCAAAAGGACGCGCGCACAGAGGCGCAGGGAUCUGACCCGCCCGAGGCAGAGUCUCCCGUAGGCCCAGGGCCCAGGCCAGUGCCCAGCCCCGCUGGGAGCCCCGGCCAGCACCACGGACGGCGCCCAGGAAGCCCGCGUCCCCCUGGACGGGGCCUUCUGGAUCCCGAGGCCCCCAGCAGGUUCGCCCAAGGGCUGCUUUGCCUGCGUGUCCAAGCCCCCUGCCUUGCAGGCUCCAGCGGCCCCUGCCCCUGAGCCCUCGGCCUCACCCCCCAUGGCUCCCACCUUAUUCCCCAUGGAGUCCAAGGGCAGCAAGACCGACAGUGUGCGGGCGGCUGGUGCCCCCCAGGCCUGCAAGCACUUAGCGGAGAAGAAGACCAUGACAAACCCUACGGCAGUCAUCGAGGUCUACCCAGACACCACCGAGGUGAACGACUACUACCUGUGGUCCAUCUUCAACUUCGUCUACCUCAACUUCUGCUGCCUGGGCUUUAUCGCGUUGGCCUACUCCCUCAAAGUUCGGGACAAGAAGCUCCUCAAUGACCUGAAUGGGGCAGUGGAGGACGCCAAAACGGCCCGGCUGUUCAACAUCACCAGUUCGGCACUGGCAGCCUCCUGCAUCAUCCUGGUCUUCAUCUUCCUGCGGUACCCACUCACUGACUACUGACCCCACAGGCGCCAGGGCCAUGAGGAGGAAGCACUGAGACUUGCUUAUUUUUGUGGUCACUGAGAUGCAGGAUGCCCUGAGGGUGGGCCAGAUUGAGGCUCCUGCCUGGGCCUCCGAGGCUUUGUGUGACUCAGAGCAAGGCCUUCAAAGCUGAACACCCAAGGAGCAGAGAGCUCCAUGCAACCCCCACCUGCCUCCUGGCCCUCACCCUGCCUGUCUUUGGGCCUCAGCUCCUUCCCUACUGCUGCCCCGGCUUCCAUGUGCCCAGGUUCCGGGGCCUGCAGAUCCCACUACCAGCAAGAAGGGCUUAUGUGGGAGAUCCCAGGAUGGCGGGCUGCCAGCACCUGAGGCCCACUCUCUCCUGACCCUGCCUCCUCCAAGCUGUGACCUGCUCAGAGCACUUGUAUCUGUGAACUUUCAAUAAAAUACCUACCCUGCUCCUG